AUGGGCAUUCUCUCCUUCGUGGAGGAUCGGCCAACGCCGAAAGCAGUGUACAACUGGCGCGUAUGGCUCCUCGCAGCCGUCGCAUCAUGUACCUCCUGCAUGAUCGGUUACGACAGUGCCUUCAUCGGUACAACCAUUGAUCUCCCUUCCUUUAAAUCCGAGUUCGGGUUUGACACAAUGACCAAGUCCCAUCUCAGUCUUAUUAGCGAAAACAUUGUUUCCAUUUACCAAGCUGGUUCAUUCUUCGGUGCCAUCUUUGCAUACCCAAUUGGCUUUUACUGGGGCCGACGUAUCGGUCUCUUAAUGGCUGGUUUGGUCUUUGUGCUUGGUGCUGGAAUGAUGUUGGGUGCUAAUGGGGACCGAGGACUGGGUCUGAUCUACGCUGGUCGUGUUCUAGCUGGUCUGGGUGUUGGCAUGGGCUCUAACAUGGCCCCUAUCUAUAUCUCCGAGCUUGCUCCUCCUGCCAUUCGAGGCCGAUUGGUCGGAACUUAUGAGCUUGGUUGGCAGAUUGGAGGUCUUGUUGGAUUCUGGAUCUGUUAUGGUGUUGAGGAAACACUUCCUUCAAGCACUAAGCAGUGGAUCAUUCCAUUCGCCGUCCAACUCAUUCCUGGCGGUCUCUUCCUGAUCGGUCUUCUCUUCAUUCGGGAAUCCCCUCGCUGGCUCCUAUCCCGCGGUCGUCGCGAAGAAGGAAUCAAGAACCUUUGCUGGAUGCGUCAGCUCCAGGAACACGACAUCUACAUCCUCGAAGAAGUGCGCAUGAUCGACCAAGCCCUGGAAGAACAAUUCAACGGUGGCGGCAGUGGAUUCUGGACACCAUUCAAGAUCGCCGCCUCUGACAGGAGAAUCAUGUACCGUCUCUUCUUGGGAAGCAUGUUAUUCUUCUGGCAGAACGGAUCCGGCAUCAACGCUAUCAAUUACUACAGUCCUACUGUCUUUGAACAGCUUGGUGUGACAGGUACCAACACUUCUCUCUUUACCACCGGUAUAUUCGGAGUGGUUAAGACUGUUGGAACUUGUAUCUGGAUUCUCUUGCUGAUUGAAUGGGUUGGACGUCGUCGUCUUCUGAUGAUCGGUGCAGUUGGAAGUUCCAUCUCCCUCUGGAUUGUGGGUGGUUAUAUCCAAGCUGUUGAUCCUGCGAAAACAGCCAACGGAAAGAUGACACCAGGUGGUAUUGCAGCCAUCUUCUUCUUCUAUCUCUCCACUGCUUUCUAUACCCCAACCUGGAAUGGUACACCAUGGGUUAUCAACGCUGAAAUGUUCGGAUCAAACGUUCGCGCCCUCGCUCAAACCAGUGCCGCAUGCUCCAACUGGCUUUGGACCUUCCUCAUCUCCCGUUUCACAGACCAAAUGUUCGCCGCCAUGGGUGCUGGAGUGUGGUUCUUCUUCGCUUCGCUGAUGCUCUGCUCGGUCUUCUUUGUUUUCUUCCUUAUCCCAGAGACGAAGAGUAUUCCCCUGGAAAGGAUGGAUCAUCUCUUCGACCACAAGCCUAUCUGGACGGCUCAUGCCAAGGUCAUGGAGGAAUUGGCAGAAGAAGAGUUGCAGGUUCGUCAGGAACUUGGUGCCACCGAGAAAGAGACGGUGACUCAAGUGGAACAUGUGGUCUGA